AUGGCCCCUCCUCCUAAGGCUGCCCUCGACUUUCUUGACUUUGUCAAUGCGUCGCCCACUCCCUACCAUGCCGUUCAAGAGGCCAUCCACCGCCUCGAGGCGGCCGGCUUCACUGCUGUCAAGGAACGCGACAAUUGGUCUUCGACCCUCCGCCCCGGCGGCAAGUACUACAUGACCCGCAACGCCUCAACCAUUGUCGCCUUUGCCAUUGGUGCCAAAUGGAAGCCUGGCAACCCUAUUGCCAUGAUUGGCGCCCACACGGACUCGCCCUGCCUACGCCUCAAGCCCGUCAGCAAGAAGUCUGGCUCUGGCUUCCUCCAGGUCGGCGUCGAGACGUACGGCGGCGGCAUCUGGCACAGCUGGUUCGACCGAGAUCUGUCCAUUGCGGGCCGCGUCAUGGUCAAGGACGGCAAGGGCAACUUUGCGCAGAAGCUCGUCAAGGUCAACCGUCCGAUAAUCCGCAUCCCCACGCUCGCCAUCCACCUCGACCGCUCGACCAACUUCGACCCCAACAAGGAGACGGAGCUGUUCCCCAUAGCCGGCAUGAUUGCCGCGGAGCUCAACCGCACUGGGCAGGCCGAGACACCAAAGACUGAGGAGAAGUCCUCCUCAGAAGAGUCCUUCACGCCCCUAAAGGAAAUGAGCGAGCGUCACCACCCAUACAUCCUUGAGAUCGUGGCUGAGCACGCCGGCGUCAAGGUCGAGGACAUCGUCGACUUUGAGCUCGUCCUUUACGACACCCAGAAGUCGGUGCUUGGCGGUCUCAACGAGGAGUUCAUCUACUCUGCCCGCCUGGACAACCUGAACAUGACCUAUUGCAGCGUGCUUGGACUGAUCGAGUCUCUGUCCGCCUCGAGCCUCGAUGACGAGGCCAGCAUAAGGCUGAUCUCCUGCUUCGACCACGAGGAGAUUGGCUCGACGUCCGCCCAGGGUGCCAACUCGGAUCUGCUGCCCGCCGUCGUGCGGCGGCUGUCAAUCCUCGCCGGUCGCGGCCACGGUGACGCUGCCUCCGACAAGUCCUGGGAGCAUGUCACCAGCUCCGACCCAGACAUUGACCUGUCCACCGCUUUCGAGCAGACCAUGGCCGUCUCGUUCCUCGUCUCCGCCGACAUGGCGCACUCUGUCAACCCCAACUACGCCGGCAAAUACGAGUCGAACCACCAGCCUGAGAUGAACAAGGGCACUGUCAUCAAGAUCAAUGCGAACCAGCGCUACGCCACCAACUCCCCGGGCAUCGUGCUCCUCCAGGAGAGCGCCAAGCGCGCGGGUGUCCCGCUCCAGCUCUUCGUCGUCCGCAACGACUCGUCCUGCGGCUCGACCAUCGGCCCCAUGCUGUCCGCCAAGCUUGGCGUGCGCACCCUCGACCUGGGCAACCCCCAGCUCAGCAUGCACAGCAUCCGCGAGACUGGAGGCACCCACGACAUUGACCAUGCCAUCAAGCUCUUCUCCUCUUUCCUGUCGCACUACACCGAGCUCGAGGCCAAGAUCUUUGUCGACUAG